UUCACCUCCCUCCCUCCCUCUCUCUCUCUCUCUCUCUCUCUCUCUCUCUUCUCUCGAAUAACUCCACAUCCGGUCUCUAUUUCUCCCUCACGUUUAACUCCACAUCCCCUCUCUCUCUCUUCCUCUCCACCUUAUUACCGCCCCCUUCUUUGGCUCUAUAUGAGAAAGCCCCCACGUUUAAGCGGGGGUCGCGCAGGGAGGUUCGCAAUGCACCCCGCCUCCCCCGCCUCCUCCUCCUCCUCCUCCUCCCCCUCCGCCACCGCCGCCGCCUCCCCUCCGGCGGACGAUAUCGACGCUGUCCGCCGCUGCCUGACCCCCCUCCUCGUCCUCGCCGCCGUCGCCUUCCCCUGCGCCGUCCUCUACCGCGCCGCCGCCCCCAUCGUGCCCCGCCUGCCCUCCGUCCGGUGGGAGCCUGCCCCCGCCCUCCUCAUCCCCACCGUCGACGAGCCCAUCGACGCCGUCGAUUUGGAUAAUGAGGAUGCUAGGCUUGAGAAAGUUCUAAAAGAGGCAGCCAUGGAAGAUAAAACAGUAAUCUUGACCACCUUGAAUGCCGCAUGGGCUUCUCCAGGAUCAAUUAUUGAUCUCUUUAUUGAGAGUUUCCGGUUUGGUGAUGGUACAUGUAAGCUUCUGAACCACUUGGUGAUAAUUACAUUGGACCGGAAGGCAUACGUGCGAUGCAUGUCCAUACACUUCCAUUGCUUUGCCCUUACUACUACGGGAGUGGAUUUCUCGCGAGAGAAGCAUUUUAUGUCUGCUGGAUAUUUGAAGAUGAUGUGGAGAAGGAUAGAAUUUUUACGGGUAGUCCUUGAAAAGGGAUACAACUUCAUUUUCUCAGAUGCAGAUAUCAUGUGGUUCCGGGAUCCACUACCACAUUUUUAUCCAGAUGGAGAUUUUCAGAUAGCUUGCGACCAGUACUUGGGCAGUGCCACUGAUUUAGGAAACAGGCCUAAUGGGGGAUUCAACUAUGUAAAGUCUAACAACCGAAGUAUAGAAUUUUAUAAGUUUUGGUACUCAUCACGAGAGAAACAUCCAGGGUUGCAUGACCAGGAUGUGCUUAAUUUUAUUAAAUAUGACCCAUUGCUUGCAGAAAUAGGAGUAAGGAUUAGAUUUUUGAGUACCACUUAUUUUGGUGGGAUUUGUGAACCAAGCAGAGAUUUCAGUAAAGUUUGUACAAUGCAUGCAAACUGUUGUAUUGGUUUGGGAAGGAAGAUUCAUGAUUUAAGAGUUAUGCUUGAUGAUUGGAGAAACUAUAUGGCACUGCCCCCAAACAUAAAGAGAUCUGGUCUGUAUUCAUGGAGGGUACCACAAAAUUGCAGUCUUGCUGAACUACAGUCAUGAACAAAUUUUCUUGGAGUAGAUUGAUAGAUGAUGUGCAGCUGUAAAUGAUUUGUGCAUAUUCCAGUGAAUUACUUUAAAAGAGCCUUCAUUGACAACAUGGUGGCAAGACACCACUUUUUCUGCGAAUUUUGCGAGAUUACAUAUUUCCUUGGUCUUAGCAUACGUGAAUACUUGAUCGGCGAAAAUUGAGACCGGAGAAUUAUUAAACUAAGAAAAAGGGAAAAGGGAAAAUACUGAAUCUAACAACUUGAGCAUACAUGAGGAAGUUCUCUUUUGAACUUACAAUUGCCGAUCAGACUUGUACUCCUUGCUAUUUUUUAUAUCGGUAGAAUUUUAUACAUCAGUUAUAGCUGAUUGAAUUUUAUAUAA